GGUCUUUCAUCAAUGCCUCAAUGGAAAGCCUUCGUCAGUCAGCGUCUACGAUGGUCCAGCCCUCUCACUCAGGCCCUCACCCUGUCUGUCAUCACGUUCUGCGUCGUCCUUCCUUUGUGCUGCCAUCGCCUGCUGUACUCCUACUACUUCGGGAAGUCCAUGUACCUGGAUGCAAAGAGCGAGAGCGCCCUGAAGGAGAGCCUUGAGCGAGGUCAGGAUGCUCUGCGCUUCUGGCAGAACCGCUCCGCCUCGGCGUCCUUCAGAUUCAGUGACGUUGCCCAGCAUCCUGAGCUGCUGGUUACCGUGGUGACAGCCAGGCGGUACGACGGGCAGGACUUCCACUACCUGCUCCAGGUGAUGCGGCGGCUGAGCAGCAUUGUGCGGAGCUGUGGGGAGCGGCGAUGCGCCGAGGUGCUACUCUGUGACGUGGAAAGCAAUCCUUUGGAGAACCCAGACGCCAAGCUGCUGGAACCCCACUUUAAGGUGGUCCGGCCCGCAACUCAAGAGCGGCAGAACAACUGGGGGCAGAUCAACACCUUCGAGAGGGAGAAGCGAGAUUACGUCUUCUGUCUUCGCAAGGGAUUGGAGCUGGUUCAGCCCAAAAACAUGGUCGUUCUGGAGGAUGAUGCUCUGCCAAGAGAGGACUUCUUCUCGGUUGUUAAGGACCUGCUGGCUCGUCGUUUUGCUCUCCACACUCUUUACAUCAAGCUGUACCACCCUGAAAGGCUGCAGCGCUACUGGAAUCCCGAGCCGUACCGUAUCCUGGAGUGGAUUGGGCUCGGGCUGUUCGCAGCAACGAUGCUCCUCCUUACCUUCUCUUACUGGAAUCCCUGCUCCUUCUCCUUCAGGCCGUCAGUCAGCCACCUCCUCUUCUUCACUCUUUAUUUCAUGGCUGCUGCAGAGCUGAUGGGCAGGCACUAUCUUCUGGAGGCCCGGAGAAUCUCCCCACAGCUUUACGCCGUCUCCCCGGCCACCGAGUGUUGCACCCCAGCCAUGCUUUUUCCUGGCAAAGCAUCUCUUAGGGUGGCGGAAUAUCUGGAUGGUUCAUUCUGCUACAAAGGCAACGCAAAAGACAUUGUUCUGUACCAGAUGGCCAGGACUACUCCUGGAGAACGGUCCCACAGUGUGGAGCCCAACCUGGUCACCCACAUCGGAGCCUAUUCCUCAGUUAGACCCAACCGAUCCAGGCCCAGACUCCUCUGACACGAGGAACGCUUGUUUGCAGGCCAGGUUUGUGUCUUUCAGUUAGUCAGAAACUGUAAAACCACAGGAACUGGUUUACGUCUGAUGUCCCAUGCUGUCAAAGAUCAUGAAUGUCAAACACUUGUUGCAACAUGAUGCUCUUCACUGGACAGUAUCAGGGUUGCUCCUCAAAUUAUUGUGCUGGCAUGAAGUGACUUCUACUCUUGACACUCCCAAAAAAUCA